AUGAAGACCAUUGUCUUACUUUUUUUCCUAGGAGUUACUGUUGCCUUCUCCAAUAAAAAUCAUGAAAAAAUCAUAGGAGGAAAUGACUGUGAAAAGAACUCAGUACCAUACCAGGUGUAUGUACGUGCUGCCAACAUUCUGUGUGGUGGUUCCCUCAUCAAUGCCCAAUGGGUACUUUCAGCUGCUCACUGCUACCAAUCCCAAUUCCAGAUGAUCUUGGGUGCUCAUACCCUUAAUGUACUUGAGGGCAAUGAGCAAAUCAUCAAUUCUACUAAGGUGAUCCGCCACCCCAGCUACCAGGAAGAGAACCCAAACCAUGACAUUAUGCUGAUUAAGUUGCAAAAGGCUGCCACCCUCAACUCUCAUGUGGCUAAGAUCUCCCUGCCCACCUCUUGUGUGACUGCUGGCACUGACUGCCUCAUCUCUGGCUGGGGCAUCUAUCAGAUAAAUGAUUCCACAUAUUCCAACAUCCUUCAGUGCUUGUAUGCUCCUGUGCUCUCAAAAAGUAUCUGCCAUGUUGCCUAUCCUGGUAUGAUCACUGAAAAUAUGAUCUGCCUGGGAUUUAUGGAAGGUAAAAAGGAUACCUGCCAGGGUGACUCAGGUGGUCCUGUGGUCUGUGAGGAUCAACUCCAAGGCAUUGUUUCAUGGGGCAUGGGCUGUGCCAAGAAAGGGAAACCUGGUGUCUACACCAAAGUCUGCAACUAUGUGAAUUGGAUUAAAAGGACCAUCGCUGACAACUAA